AUGGCUGAUUGUAAGCCUCUUGCAACCCCAGCAUCAGUCUCCCAGCCAGUCAGUCAGUCAUCUAGUCUGUUUGACAAUCCGACGCAAUACAGACGCUUAGCCGGGGCCCUACAGUAUCUUACCAUUACUCGUCCAGAUUUAUCAUAUUCUGUUAAUCGUCUUUGUCAAUUCAUGCAUUCGCCUACAGAUGAACAUUGGGGACUGCUGAAGCGUGUACUCCGCUACAUACGGGGUACCCUGGACUAUGGUCUUCGUAUUACCGCCUCAGUUUCAUCUGGAAUUCAGGCUUAUUCCGACUCCGAUUGGGCUGGUUGUCCAGUUGACCGAAAGUCCACCAGUGGGUAUGCCGUGUUCUUAGGGACAAAUCUGGUCUCGUGGGUCUCUCGCAAGCAACGCACCGUGGCGCGGUCUUCUACAGAAGCCGAGUAUAAGGGUCUGGCUGAUGUCUGUGCUGAGGUCACCUGGGUUGUGUCUCUCCUCCGUGAGCUUCGCUUGGGUCCGACAGCUCCACCGACGUUAUGGUGUGAUAACCUUGGGGCCACCUAUCUGUGUGCAAAUCCCGUGUUUCAUGCCCGCACUAAACACGUCGAGGUGGAUUAUCAUUUUGUUCGGGAUAAGGUGUCUUCAGGAGAUUUGCAGGUUCAUUUUGUGUCUACUAAAGAUCAGCUUGCGGACAUAUUCACCAAGCCACUACCAGCAGCUCGCUUUGGGGUUCUACGCAGCAAGCUCAAUGUGUCGUCACAUCCACCUUGUGCUUGA